AAAAGAUUCGUCCAAGUUAUUUAUUUGGACAACACAAAACAAUGGACAUAGCGAGGCUACAGGGGCACUUUUGGCAUUACAAUCACUAGGAACUAACUAGAAAUCAAAACCAGGCGCUAGGAAUAUCCCAGGUGGAUUUUCUUUUCAUUGAAGAACAGUUACAAACUACAACAUCAGUAGCUACAAUCUGUUGUUUUUACUAUAUUAUAAGGAGUUCAAGUUGGGUUCACUUCGCUUCACAGCGCCAACAACACGAGUUUGGUGUUUGAUAGGUCAUCUAAUUCGAGGUUUUGAGAUUGCUCUGAAGAAAUGCUUGUCUCUGCUCUUCUAACAUCUGUUGGAAUAAAUUUUGGGCUAUGCGUUUUAUUCUUCACAUUGUACUCUAUAUUGAGGAAACAACCAAGUAACUAUGAUGUUUAUAUACCACGCUUGUUGGUUGAAGGAACUUCUACACGGAGAAGUGGUUUCAACCUAGAAAGGCUAAUACCUUCUCCUGGUUGGGUGAGAAGGGCGUGGAAGCUUUCUGAAGACGAACUACUGUCAUCCUCAGGCUUGGAUGCCGUGGUUUUUAUGCGCAUUAUAACCUUCUGUUUGAAAAUAUUUUUGGUUGCUGGGAUUAUUGGGGUCUUUAUUCUUCUCCCAGUGAACUGCACGGGAGAUCAGCUUGAAGGUGUUGACUUCGUUGAUUUUUCAAAUAAUUCCUUGGAUGUAUUUACCAUUUCAAAUGUAGACAGUGGCUCAAAAAGGUUGUGGAUUCACUUCAGCGCUGUUUAUGUUGUCACUGUGUUUGUCUGCUAUCUACUGUAUUAUGAAUACAAAUAUAUUUCUUCAAAAAGGAUCGCUUAUUUUCUUUCAUCAAAACCUCAGCCACAUCAAUUCACCAUCUUAGUUCGCAGUAUUCCUGUUUCUGCCGGGAACAGCAUCAGUGACAGUAUUGACAACUUCUUUAGAGAGUAUCAUCCUUCAACAUAUCUGUCACAUUUGGUUGUUCGUCGUACAAACAAACUACGGAAUCUCAUUCAUGAUGCCAAGAAGUAUUACAAAAGGAUUAUUCGCUUGCAAUCAAAUCCUACUCAACACAGGUAUGGGUGUAACAAUUGCUUUGGAUUGUUUGGACGCAAUGUUGAUCUUGUGGAUCAUUAUGAAAAGAAGUUAGAAGACAUAGAGGAGAAUGUGAGAUUGGAGCAAUCAGAUGUUUCAUUGGCUGGAGAAGAAAUUCCUGCCGCCUUUGUGUCCUUCAAGUCUCGGUAUGGUGCUGCAAUUGCUUUUCAUUUGCAACAAUCAAUCAAUCCCACUCAUUGGGUCACAGAGCAAGCUCCUGAGCCUCAUGAUGUUUACUGGCCUUUCUUCUCUUCAUCAUUUAUGCGAAGAUGGAUUUCUAAGCUGGUGGUUAUAGUUGCAUGUAUUCUUCUUACAAUCUUAUUCCUUAUACCUGUUGUAGUUGUGCAAGGUCUUACUAACCUGAGUCAGUUGGAAGGUUGGUUUCCUUUCCUGGAAAGCAUUCUUACCAUAACAUUCGUUAGUGAAGUAAUUACAGGAUACCUUCCCAGUCUAAUUCUUAUGUUGUUUCUGAAAACGGUGCCUCCUGUGAUGGAGUUGCUUUCUUCCAUUCAAGGAUAUGUUUCCCAUAGUGCCAUAGAAAGGAGUGCAUGUAUCAAAGUACUGUGGUUCACAAUAUGGAACAUUUUCUUUGCAACUGUAUUUUCUGGAUCAGUUUUAUAUCAGGUUUCCAUCUUCCUCGAACCCAAGAAUAUUCCUGCGAAGCUAGCCGUUUUGGUUCCAGCACAGGCAUCAUUUUUCAUUGCUUAUGUUGUCACAUCUGGAUGGACAAGCGCUUCAUCCGAACUCUUUCGCCUUGUCCCUCUUGUUUGGGGUCUAAUAACAAAACCUUGUACAAGAAGUACGGAUGAUGAACUUGAAGUUCCAACUAUUCCUUACCACAGGGACAUUCCAAGACUUCUUUUCUUUGGACUUCUUGGGAUUACAUAUUUUUUCCAAGCUCCAUUAAUUCUACCCUUCCUCUUAGUGUACUUCUGUCUUGGAUACAUCAUCUACCGUAACCAGUUCAUAAAUGUAUAUGCACCAAAGUAUGAAACUGCUGGGAAGUUUUGGCCUACCGUACACAAUUCAAUGAUAUUUUCUCUGGUACUCAUGCAUGCUAUUGCUGUGGGAAUCUUCACGCUGAAGAAGCUCUCUCUAGCUUCAACUUUAAUUUUCCCUCUUGCAAUACUCACGCUUCUCUUUAAUGAGUACUGCCGGAAACGUUUCCUACCCAUCUUCACUGCCUACCCGGCUGAGACUUUGAUAAAGAAAGACAGGGCAGACGAGAAUGAUGCUGCACUGGCCGAGUUUUUAGAUAACUUGGUCACUGCUUAUCAGGACCCAGCAUUUACGCCAAUUCAUUUCUCUUCAAACGACGGUCUUCACAGUCCCCUUAUAUCAUCUGCUGAAGUUUGAGCCUGAGAUAUGAUUUUAUUUCUACCAUAUUACAUUGUCUGGUAUUGGUGGUGCCUUUUCUUUACUGCCAUUUUCAUAUGUAAUGCUUGAUUCUUUUUACUUGAGCAAUAAGAAAUGUCCUGCUUUGUGUGCA